GGCGGUGCCGGGCGAGCUGAGGCGGUGCCGCGCUAACCAAAACAACGCCACACCCCGGCAGCCCUUGCGCCUGCUGUCUACCGACACCGCCACCAUCGCCGCCACCCGGUGGGGUCUGCUGGUGGCGCGAGGUGGGUGCGGAGGGUCGCCGCCGCCUCCGCCAUGAAGCUCCGCGUGCGGCUGCAGAAGCGAACGGCGCCGCUGGAGGUGCAGGGGGCGGAGCCAACGCUGGGGGAGCUGCGCGCGCAGCUGCGCGAGGCCUUGCUCCCUGCCUGGGGGUACAGUUCUGAUACUGAGUUUUCAAUAACAUUGAAUAGAAAAGAUGCUCUCACAGAAGAUGAGAAGACCUUGGCUUCAUAUGGGAUUGUUUCUGGUGAUUUGAUAUGUUUGUUACUAGAAGCAGAUGGACAACCCAGCCUACCUCCUCCUCCUCCUUCCCCACUUCAGAAUGGCCAUGAGUCAUCCACCUUGAUCCCCAACAAAAGUCAGGCCAAGAGUCCAAAAGAAGGGCAGAAUGAGCAACCUGACAACCAGAAAGUUCAGGUGGAAGUUCAAAAGAGCGAUGAGAGAGCAGGAUCCAGCCUAGAAUUUCCUUCUGGAUUAGUCCCAGAAGACAGUGACUUGGAAGAAGGUACAGGUUCCUAUCCCUCUGAACCCAUGCUGUGCAGUGAAGCUGCUGAUGGUGAAGUACCACAUUCCUUAGAGAUGCUCUACCUUUCUGCUGACUGUACCAGUGCCACUGAUGCCUUGAUUGUUCUAGUACACCUUCUCAUGAUGGAGGCAGGCUACGUGCCUCAGGGAACAGAAGCCAAGGCAGUGUCUAUGCCAGAGAAAUGGAGAGGGAAUGGUGUUUACAAGUUGCAGUACACACAUCCCCAUUGUGAAGAAGGUUCUGCUGGUUUGACUUGUGUGCCUUUAGGAGAUCUUGUUGCUAUUAAUGCAACACUAAAAAUAAACAAAGAGAUUAAAGGUGUUAAGAGGAUACAGCUACUGCCGGCAUCCUUCGUUUGCUUUCAGGAGCCAGAAAAGGUUGCAGGUGUUUACAAAGACCUUCAGAAACUAUCCCGUCUCUUCAAAGACCAGUUGGUUUACUCUCUUCUGGCUGCUGCCCGACAAGCUCUGAACUUGCCAGAUGUGUUUGGGUUAGUGGUGCUUCCUCUUGAGCUCAAGCUUCGGAUUUUCAGACUUCUGGAUGUCCGUUCGCUUCUCUCUCUCUCUGCUGUUUGCCGUGAUCUUUACGCAGCUUCAAACGACCAGCUUCUGUGGAGGUUCAUGUAUCUGCGAGAUUUCCGAGAUCCUGUUACAAGGCCUCGUGACACAGACUGGAAAGAACUAUACAAGAAAAAGUUAAAGCAGAAGAAGGAGGCCCUGAGAUGGAGGCACACAAUGUUUCUGCCCCCUACACCUCAUCCAAUCCCCUUUCAUCCCAACCCAUUCUAUCCUAAUCCUUUUCCUCCUAACCCAUUUCCGUCAAACCCUAUCUAUCCCCCAAUGAUCAUUGGUGGAGAAUACGAUGAGAGACCGACACUUCCAUAUGCUGGAGACCCAAUUAACUCACUCAUUCCAGGCCCAGGAGAAGCACCAGGCCAGUUUCCUCCAUUCAGACCACAUUUUGACCCAAUUGGUUCCUUGCCUGGAGCAAACCCUACACUUCCAGGACGAGCUGGUCCCAGUGAGAGGUUUCCACCUAGACCUAGCCGGGGCCGCCCCAUGGACAUUCGUCGUGCAUUCAUUUGAUUACUGAUUUUCCUUCAGUUAGUUUUCUAGUCCCUGAGCUUGCUUUCUAACUGCAGGAGAUUGCAAAUCCCAGGCACUAACAUCUGCCUCUUCAGAUUGGGGCAACAACACAUGUGCAUGGUAAUGUUUCAACCACAAAAGCUGGGUUUGUUUUGUGCUCUGAUAGUACUGUACCAGCUGGCAAUGGCACAGAGCUACAACUUAGAGCAGUUUGUUCUGCACACACAUCUCCCCAUCCCAAUUAAGAUCAUCUGUGAAGUGCUAGAGACCAGAAGGGUACCAGUCAAAUACUUGCUGCGUCAGAUAAAGAGCACUUUAAAUACAAAUGAUGUACUUGUCUGUGUUAUUUGAAGAGUUUUAUUAAAUUGCCAGGAAAAAAAUUGUUUCAAAUCUACCUGGCUUAAUAAUCUUUAUUACCAAAAAGAAAUCUACAGUGUUCCACUUAGAACAAGAUCUUGCCACUGUUGCAGCAGAUGAGUGUAGAAACUUUCAAAGAUGACAUUUCUUUCUUCCUUUAAUGUUUUAUUAGGUAAAAAGAAGUUUUAUAUUGUUACUUAAUACACAAAGAAUAGAGGGAAGGGAAUUUUCUUUACAAUAGAAAUAUUGGAACACAAAUCAAUUCAUUUUACAACAACUGGGUAAAGUCAUGCUACAGUGCAACUCGGAAGUCUGAAGCAGAGCAGUUUUACAAAGAACUGGCAGCACAACUUGUUUUUUCUUGUUGACUUUUCAAAUAAAGAGCUUUAGUACAUGGCUGCGUUUGCUGUGUGUGAACUAAAAAGGGUGCAGGAAUAAAUCUUUUCGCCUGCCUAACUGAAGUAAUUACAUAGGCUCACCUGGUUGCAGUGGAAAUGGAAUCAUAGCAGGAGAAGCAGAAUGAUUUCUCGCUUUACUGCAGGAUUCAUUCCAUAGUUAGGUAUUGAAAUGUACUUUGCCAGGAGGAAGUGUGUUAUAGGAUGUUAUGAGCACCUUUCAAGUGUUGUCUUAUUAACAAACGAGCAACUAACAAGACCACUGUUAAAAGUCUGAUGAGAUGUGCAGUCUGAUGCUGGAGCUCAAUUAAAGGAAGACUAGAAUGAUGAAACUGCUAGAACCUGUCAUUUCUUACAUAUUUCUUGUAAGAUGGGUUGAUUUUAGUGUUUCUGUAAGAGUAAAUGGCAUUGAUGACUGUUGUGACAGCUGAUAAGAUUUUCUAAAAUCUUGCAAUUCCAAGAAUGGAAAUGGAGUGACAUUUCCUGUUAAACACAAGCUAUAUCAGUAAUACUUACAUGCUGAUAUUGUCAGUGAUUUAUCUUCUUGUUUUGUAUAAAAUCAGCUGACUUCAGUAUGGUCAGGAAGUUCUGCUAUUGACUCCAGUGGAAGUAAAAUACAGUACUUUAUUUUGCUGUCAAAAGUUGUAUUGCUUCUUUCUUCCCUUUUCUACUUCGCAGCAACGGCAUCCCAGUGCAAAUCCUGAUGUAAUCAAACACCUAAGAGUGCAUUUGUAGUGUGGGGAGAGUGGUUUCUUUUCAGUACCAUUUGAGUGUUUGUUUCUGAAGAGAUGAACUCAAACCUUUUUACAGUCCACUGCUAAGUGAGCUGAAGAUACUCCUUCCUUUUCUUCGUUGUUGCUUCAUGCUGUAGUGAAGGUAUGGUAAGCCAAAGAUAAAGGAAUCUGGGCUACCCUGAACUGUCAAGCUCCCUAAAAAGGAAUUUCCUUUAUUCAUAGAGUAUGAAAUACAAAGUGACUAUCUCGAGACCAACAGUAUAAAAUCAGAAGAGAAAACAGAGGGCCUAGUUUUCAAAUACCUGCUUAUUUUAUUUGCCAGCUCCUAAGUCAGGUAUGUGUGUUACUGCUGUUGGUGCGCUCUAUGGAAGAGGAAUCACAGAAGAUUAAAUGCCUGAUGAUGGGCAUUUCUUACCUGCACUGUUCUCUGUAUCCAGCACUGUUAAAUACUUGCUGCUAACAGUCACUUGAAAGUAGGUAACUCUUGUCCUUGGCUUUUCCAUUCAUUGUUUUAUCUUCUUCAUGAAACCCGAACCAACCAGGUGAAGUAGUGGGGUCAUAUGCAGGGUGUAAGGUCAUAUACCUCCCUGUGAUUAGUGAAGAAAACACUGCUGCAGUUAUGAGCAGGGCUGAUACU